GGCAAGGGGCGGAGCCGGUUCCCGGGUCAGCUGAGGCGGUGCUCCGGCUUUACUCUUGGCCAUCCUAUCCUCCCGGGGCUCUGCUGCCCGCGGCCCGGUCCCGCCGAGAGACUGAAGAGUCUUUGCUCUUGACCUGUCUUCUGCAAGGAGAGGGAGCUGUGGCCCCGCUGGGCACAGGCAGGUAUCGCAUCCUCAUCAGUUGUCAUCGAGUUCUCAGUGAGACUGGAAAGUUCAUCCGGAAGCUUCCUCGCCAGCCUCAGAAGCAGAGGUACAGACAGCCGGCCAAACAGAAGACAUGGGCUGCAACCUACCUUUCCACCUCCCCUACAAAUUCCGCCUACUGCUGCUCUUCACCUUGGGCCUGACGGUGGUCGGGUGGGCCACCAGCAACUAUUUUGUGGGUGCUAUUCAGGAGAUCCCCAAGGCAAAGGAUUUCAUGGCGAACUUCAACAAGGUCAUCGCUUUGGGGAAAGAAGAAACCCUGGCCAGUGAAGCCACAGCGAAGAGCGUGGAACUUGACAACUGCCCCUCCUUGUCCCCAAACCUCAGAGGCCAGAGCAAGCUAAUUUUCAAGCCGGACCUCACGUUGCAGGAAGUGCAAGCAAAUAACCCCAAGGUGUCCCGAGGCCGGUACCGCCCAGAGGAAUGUAAGGCGCUGCAGCGAGUCGCCAUCCUCAUCCCCCACCGGAACCGAGAGAAGCACCUGUUGUACCUGCUGGAACAUCUGCACCCCUUCCUGCAGAGGCAGCAGCUGGACUAUGGCAUCUACAUCAUCCACCAGGCCGGGACUAAAAAGUUUAAUCGAGCCAAACUCCUGAAUGUGGGCUAUCUGGAAGCUCUCAAGGAGCAAGCGUGGGACUGUUUUGUAUUCCACGACGUGGACCUGGUGCCGGAGAACGACUUCAACCUCUACACGUGCGAGGGGCAGCCCAAGCACCUGGUGGUCGGCAGAAACAGCACUGGCUACAGGUUACGUUACAGUGGAUAUUUUGGGGGUGUCACUGCCCUCAGCAGAGAGCAAUUUUUCAAGGUGAAUGGAUUCUCUAACAACUACUGGGGAUGGGGAGGCGAAGACGAUGACCUCAGACUCAGGGUUGAGCUCCAUAAGAUGAAAAUAUCUCGGCCUAAGCCCGAAGUGGGCAAAUACACCAUGAUCUUCCACACUCGAGACAGAGGCAACGAAGUGAACGUGGACCGGAUGAAGCUCUUACACCAGGUGUCACGCGUUUGGAGAACAGAUGGCUUGUCGAAUUGUUCUUACAAGCUACUGUCUGUGGAAUACAAUCCUUUAUAUACCAAUAUCACAGUGGAUUUCUGGUCUGGUGCAUGACCUUGGAUCCUUCGGGUGAUAUUCCAGGAGAACUGAUGAUUUAAUUGCAAUAAUUUUGGCCUAGAGACUUUCCGUAGUAGCACACCUUAAGACCUUUUUACGGCUAUUAUUGGGCUGGAUUGUUUUUCUUUUCUUUUUCUUUUUUUGUAUUUUCAGCACAGCUCUUGUGAUUUGGAAUGCAGAACCACUGUAACAAGACCACUUCGUUGUUUGGAUGACGACGGUGAAACGUAAUGAAGGACUGAAUCUAAGGGGACAGCACAAAGGAGACAAUGACAGUGACUUGAGGACUCUGGUUGGAGAUUUCCUCAAGUUCGAGGUGACCCACGCUGAGAUUGGAGGAUAAGGAAAUUCUCUCCAGAGUCUCAGGGAACCAGAAUGAGUGCGGAGCUGCAACGGUACCUGUGCGGGCAUCUGCGAGGCUGUGGUCCCUGCUAGAACAUGGCCUUGGGAGCAGGGGACAAAGGGAAGAGUGCUGUGAACUUGGGAGCGAAGAGGUGGCGAAGGACGGGGUGUCCGAUGGGCUGGCCCUGGUGGCUGCUGCCACUGCUCCUUUGCAGCGCGUGUCACCUAAUCAGAAAUGCCUUCGGGAAGAGCCCAGCAGAGAACACAUGAUCUACUAGUUUUUAAAGCAUUUUUUUAUAAAAUGAUUUUGUACGUGUAGGAUGUGACUUAGCAGUUUACAAGUUAAGCAUCCACCAGUAAUACAUCUAUAAAGUACCUCUGCAUUAAAAUAGGAAAAAGCUUUGGA